AUGUCGGUGAUACUCGGGUCCAUCCCGCCUGCUAUCCCAGCACGGCUAGCAGUUAAACCAAACCCUUUCCCACUGAUGUCCGGCCAUCGUCCACUGCGCAAGCUGAGCCCGUAUCUACGGAAGCGCAGUGUGCCACAAAGAUGCUUUGCAACGCAAACAAAAGCAGCCGCAGAUGAUCGUUUUCUUGCUCACACUUGGUUAACGAGGACUCCCGAAGAGAUUACUCCAGAGGACGUCCUUUCGAGCCUGCCUCCUAUACCACUGUCGCUCGCAGGACCGGACCAUAUUCCUAUUCUCCUCUUAACCCCUAGUCUUGCUCAGUGGGCAGAUACGACCAAUUCCUUCCUCGAACAAUGCAUCAAUCGACUCUAUCGCAAGGCUCGGACAUCCGAUUCCCCCGAACCCGUACACGCCAUUGUCGCCAUUGUUGAUAAAUUGCCCGACACUCCAUCGGCUCUCAAGGACGAAACCGACAAUGGCGCCGUGGCAGAGUCCGAGGGGAUCUCCCUCCUAUUUGCGAGGACGGCGAACUUACAAGGGAGGGCUGCUGCGCCUCGACGCAUUAGGAGGUCGGAAACUGAGGAAUCAGCCCUCAUAUUUUCCUUCCAGACGGAAGUUUCGUAUGGCUCGGAUAAUGCCACCCUCCGACGAGCUGUCCAUGAGGUUGGGCUACGCCUCGCCAAUACACUGUUUAUAAAUGGCAGCGAAAACACUCUAUCUGGGACUCGUUGGUCCUAUAAUCCUUCUUCAUCCAGGUUUACCUUCGAUCGAUCGAUCGAGCUUUCGCGCUGUCGAGUAUCCUCUACUACAAGUUCUGUACACAACACAUUGAAACUUCCUUUACAUCCCGUUGGCCAGCGAAGGGAGGUUAUCUCCAGCAUGGGAAACAUCCUCCGCCAACUAGCAAAACAUCCAAACGGUACAUCGAAGGACCCGAUGCCCGCAUCGUCUGAACUAGAGAAAGAGCUGCCGCGCUACAUUGAAGAACACAAUAUCACUGACCGUAGGGUUUCUGUUUGGGCUCUAGUCGAGUCUCCUUCGAGCAACUCGCAAGUCGAAUCCGAUGGCUUUCAGACCACACUUGUGAGGUCAGUGCAAGCCGGAGGUAAACUCCACCGGGUCAUGAGCGGCGGUGGCGGAUGGGGCAAGAAACAGGGCCUCCUGUCGCUUGAUUACGAGACCAAGUUUCUAGAACCCUACGAGAACAAUGAGUUUACAACGUUGGAUAACAUAUUCUCUCCCUUUAGCACAAGCACGGCACAGACUGCGCCACCUUGGUUUGAGGAUAAACACGUUGUUGAUGGCCUGUCAACCUUGUCACAAGUGGCUAGGGCCGGGGACUACAUUCAAUUUUAUGUUUCUGUCGAGCCAGAACAUGUCCAGAACGGUCAGCCGGAGCUACUCGGUUCCCAGGAGGGAGCGAUCUCGUACCAGUUCGGUGUCGUCUUCGAUAACGAGACGCUCGUAGCUCAAGCAGAAAAAGGUGCGUCCCAAAAGGACCUAAGAAUUAAGCCUAAUUGCUUUGGAGCACUAUCGGAGAAAGCAAUGACUUACUCGCAACCUGUCGUUCCAAUCAGGCCAGAGCAAGAGAUUCUGGAGUCUGGCACUAAACUUGAUAUACCGGGGUGUCGAGUCAAAUUAGUCGCCUCAUAG